CGUUCCACUCCCACCCCCCAACACCCACACACCUUUGCAGUGCAACAUCCAGCCUGUUGCACACCUACCACGACAUGACGAUCGACCCGCCCACCUCGACGCUGUUCCGCGCGGCCUCCGUCGUCAGCGGCGAAGAGGACGCCGUGCCCUACACGGCCGACGUGCUCGUCACCAAUGGAGUGAUUGCAAAGAUUGCACCCAGCGGAGGGAUAUCCGCCCCACCCGGCGCGCGCGUCGUCGACGCUGCGGGCUACUACCUUUCGCCGGGCUUCAUCGACAUGCACGCACACUCGGACCUCUACCUCCUCACGCAUGCCGAUCACGAGGCCAAGAUCACCCAGGGAUGCACGACCGAGGUCGUGGGGCAGGACGGUAUCGCCUACGCGCCGGUCCACACCGACGAGCAGAUGACGGCCAUCCGCGAGCAGAUCACUGCGUGGAACGGCAACCCGUCCGACGACGAGUGCGCGACCACACUCAAGGACGUGGGCAUGUUCCAGUGGCGCUCGAUCAAGGAGUACCUCGACGCGCUCGACCGCAACCGCACGGCCACCAACGUCGCCAUGCUCGUCCCCCAGGGCAACCUGCGCCUGCUCACCGUCGGGCCCCGCGAUGAUGUUGCGAGCGCGCAGCACAUCCAGGACCAGGUGGCCCUACUCCACCAGGGGAUGAGAGACGGCGCCGUCGGCAUGUCGUCGGGCCUGACAUACACGCCUGGCAUGUAUGCCAGCAACUCUGAGCUUGCAGUCCUCUGCUCGGCGCUCGCACAGUACCCCGGCUCCUUCUACGCACCCCACCACCGCAGCUACGGCGCCAACGCGAUCGAGAGCUAUGGCGAGAUGAUCGACCUGGGCGAGACGACCGGCUGUGCCGUCCACCUGACCCACGCGACGCUCAACUUUCCCGAGAACAAGAACCGCGCCCCAGAGCUCGUCGACAUGAUCGACACGGCCCGCGACAAGGGCGUCGACAUCACCCUCGACACGUACCCCUACCUGCCUGGAUGCACGACGCUGAGCUCCAAGCUCCCGAGCUGGGCGCUGAGCGGCGGGCCCGAGGAGACGCUCGAGCGCCUCCGCGACCCGGCCAUAUGCGAGGAGAUCCGCGUCGCCGUCGAGGACGUCGGAUGUGAUGGCGGCCACGGUAUCCCCACCGACUGGCAGUGUGUCGAGAUUGGAUCGACGGCACACCCCGACCUUGAGGGGUUCGCCGGCCGCCGUGUCGACGAGGUCGCGCGCUCGCUCGGUCGCGAGCCGUUUGCCGUCUUUAUCGACAUUCUCGUCAAGGACAAGCUGGCGACCGGGUGCAUCUUACACACUGGCAACGAGGAGAAUGUGCAGUAUAUCAUGAAGCACGAGGUGCACACUGGCGGAUCCGACGCCAUCCUCCACGGGCAGACCCUUCACCCCAGGUCGUACGGCACGUUCCCGCGGUAUCUGGGUCACUACGCGCGCGACCUCGGCCUCAUGUCCAUCCCGCACAUGGUCGCGCACCUGACGACGCGCCCGGCGAAGCGUCUCGGCGUGUACCCCACGCGCGGGGUGGUGCGCGAGGGCUCCGCCGCCGACCUGGUGCUCUUCGACCCCACAACCGUCAAGGACAUGUCGUCACAUACUGAGCCGCGCGCUACGGCCAAGGGCAUCCGCUUCGUGCUCGUCAACGGCCAGGUCGCCAUCGACGAGGGUAAAAUGACAGGUGCCAGGGCUGGCGUGACCAUUCGCCGCCGCAAGGACGGCAAGGUCACCGACCGCGGCGAAUAAGAGGGGCCGCGGGCAACGAGGCGGAGUGAGGGGGAGAGAGAGAGCAUGGGCAUUUGUAACUAUAGGCGAGACACAAAGCAGCAGCAGCAGCGGCAGUAGCAGCAUCACUUCAGAAGAACACGCGCGAUACGCAAUGCAUGAGUCAUUGGUCGGAGG